AUGAAGCAUAAAAGCAAGAGGUUAAAAGUUAAACACAUAUUUAAAUUUCUCACUGUGCUUUUACGUUAUAUCACUUUAAAAAAUUACAAAUUAAAUGACAAUGGACAGGAAAUUUCGUUCAUUCAGUUAGCACAUGCCUUCUCUAAAAAAAAAGUGUGCACGUCUUCAUCCGACGACUCAACAUGCCGUAUGGUCGCAUUUGGUGAACUAGAUGUUUCUAACAAUUCAGUGGUAAGAUUGAAGAUACUAAGACCGGACGGAAAAGGAUAUUUUUUAACCAUGCGAAGAGACUACGUAACAAUAUCGUACUACCUAAAAUAUAUAAAGGAUAUACCUUUUCAAUAUAGAGAAGUGGUAGAUGUAUUUAAUAAUCAUGUAUAUAAAACAUAUACAGAAAGGGAGAUCAAGUUAUUUACGUACAGAUGUAAUGUUCGAAGAAUUGAAGAUAUUAAUAGGACAGUUGGUAAUUUCCCCCCUCAUUUUCUUGAAUAUAUGAGAGGGGAAUCAUGUGCAUGUCAAUCGUACAAUCUUUUUAAGGAUAAUAAUGCUAUAAAAAGAUCUAAAUUAAAAUGCAUAUAUUUCAAUAUGUUGUUUUCUGAAUCAGCUACAGUAUAUAGUAGGCACUGUGCUAUAAUGGACUUGUCUCAUUAUUCUGUUUAUGAUAUUGAUUACCCUCCUAUUUUUAAUACAUAUGUUGAUAUAACAUUACAGGAGUAUUCUUAUGAUGAUGUAUCUAGUGUUUUAAAUAAGAAACAUGAUUUAGUUACUAAAGAAAAAAAGUACGAGUUAAAUGAUACUAUAACAGAAAUUCGGGAUGAUUAUUUCGAUAUAUGGUUACUUUUAAGGAGCGAAUUUCAUGGAAAGAGGACUCUAGUUAAUUUAUCGAAUGACUAUAUAUUGAUUCCAUCAUCACCUAUAGAUGAUGUAGAUGUAAUAGAUAGCGAUAUUACAAGAAAUUGUGGUUUAGAAAAAGAUUCAUCUCUUUUAAAAGGCUGUGAUUACUUAGGAAUAUGUAACGUUAUACAUCCUUGUUUAAGAAAAGCAUUGAUGCUACCAAAAUAUCUUUUUGAUUUAAGUGGAAAGACAUGUAAUAAAUUAGGUGUAUCUUUGAACAAAUGGAGAGAAGCAGAUGGCAAUUUUUGUGCCUCUACUGCUGGGUAUUGUAUAUCAGCAAAUCUGCAAAAAUAUUAUGAUGAACAUAAGGAAGCUAUGAAUAGAAAUAAGGUUUCGAAAUAUAAAAUUAAAAAUAUAUAUGCUUCAGAACCUCAGACGAAAAUUUACAAUGCUGCUAACUUACCAGAUUAUCUAAAAGAAAAAAUUACUCCUGAUAAAAAGGUAGACGUAAAUGAUAUAGAAAACAAAGUUUUUUAUAAUGAGAAUGCAGCUAUACAUAGCCAUUUUAUUGAUUACAAAUAUAAUGGGAAUCAUUCUGUAGAAAUUAAAUUUGAAACCAAUGCUUUAGAAGUUUAUGAAAUAAGACCCAUAUCAAAUGCAACCAUUACACAUAUCACAACACCUAAGGACUGUUCAUCUAGUCAAACAAAUUCAAAAGAAUGUGCACUUAUUGUUCAUGUUUGGAAUAAUAGUAAUAAUAUUUCUUCUAACUUUUCUUGUCAGGUUAUAUGCACAGAUAAAGAUACUGGAAAAAUAGCUAGCCAUAUUAACCCUAUUAGUCCUGUACGUGCAUAUAUUGACGCAAAUAAAAAUUAUGCUUUUUAUUUCAUUAUUAAGUUUUUAAUAAAUAAACAAAUAAAAACUAAAUGUAAUGCAAUUGUAAAGGAUGCAAAUGGAAAGGAAUGUUCUAAAAAGGAAUUCGAAUUAACAUCAAAAGAAGUGAUCAAAAUUGUUGAAGAGAUUGUACAACCAGAAAAAGCAUUACAGCCUUCUGUAACAAAAUAUGAAAGUGAUGCUAUUGAUCCAGAUGAUUCUGCCAAACAUACAUGCAAAUGUUCACUUGAUUUAUUAUGCUAUGCUCUUAAUUUUAAAAAAUGCACUGCUUAUUAUACAAAUUUAAUUAAAGAAAUAAUAGGGAAAUUUGCUACAAUAGUUAUCUUAAUUAUUCUUGCACCAUCCUUAAUACCCCUCUUGCCAUUUUUUAUCAAAUUUUUUUUCAUUUGUUUGACCUUUUCAGUUAAAAUAUAUCACUCUUUACUAACUACUAUAGGAAAUAUAAAAAAAAAAAAAAAAAAAAAAAAAAUUCACACGUCCGAAAAUAAAUAUCAAAGGAACAUAGGGGAAAAUAUUUCUGCUUCAGCAUCUGCUUCUUCCUCUUCCUUAAUCGAGACAAGCAGUGUUUCUUCUAAUUCUCAAGAAAGGGUAACAAAAAAUUCUUCCGUACAUACAAAUAAAUUAACUACGCAUACAGGGCAUACACAAACAAGGAAAAUAGGUAAAAAGAAAAAUAUCAAAGGAACUAGCGAUUUGGGGAAAUAUAAUGGUACUUCAUUAGAGAGCUCAGUAACAUAUUCAAGCCAAUCUACUACCUCAGUUGAUUUAAGUUCAUGCGAGAAUUAUCGUAUUUCGCGUAAGCACAGUUUUUCAUCAAGGAAAAAAACAUAUAGCACAAAUCGUAAAUGA